AUGCUUUUCGCAAUUUUGCUUUCCAUCUAUCUAGCUGUUCCAUCUCUACCUCCAACCCCGCCUGGCUACAUUGCAGUCAUUGCUCUCUUCGAAGCUGGAACCGUAACUCAUUUCCUAGCGGCGGCCGUCUCUAGUAAUAUGCCGGGAAAUCGAAAAACUAAUUUACCACUCUUUCCCGAAGAAGAUAUGAAAUAUUUGUCGAAAAUUAUGUGGAGUGGGCACCUGAACCAUAUGGCAUGGCAUGUCACCAAUACCUCUUGCUCGCUGGUCAUCUAUGGCUCUCUCUCACAGCCAGAGAAUGUUGAGGUCGCUCUUUCACAAAUACAGCUCGUAGUAGAUGUAUUUGAAUAUCUUCACACCCCUCCCGUUCAAGGUCGACUGCGAGAUAUUUAUAAUCAAAUCUGGAUCGAAUUGGACUAUCUGCAAGAUGCAUUAGAUGUACUCGAAGUUGAGAACGGAAGAUUCAUACCGGUGUAUAGCCUGUCAGCUCUAUGGCAAGAAUACAUACAGUCUUAUCUUUAUGAAAACAUGACCUUCCAAUCCCGCAGCUUUAUAUUCACAAACUUACGUCCUCUAUACAAUACAGCUUAUUUCGAAUUUUUGAACCAAACUAUAUCUAUCUCUGGUGAGGCUGAAAUCUACUUGACUUCUCGAGAUCAGUCCCGUGUCUUGAACAGAAUUCUCGAUCUCUACAUCGAGACCGAAUUCUAUGUUACCCCGCAUACUGUUGGAUUUAUACUCGAUAAUGAAAACGACUCAUGGCAAGAAAAUAAUGCCAUUUAUGAGGAAGUUGAAAAGGCGAGAAGAGACGACUUUCAAGCUGAUUAUCAAGAAAAGAUAGAAAAGGUAACCGAGGCGAGGGUGAAGAAUGAUGAACAUCCUCAAUUUGUACAAAAGCAGGAAGCCACGCUACGUAUAUGGGACAUGUUGGACAGAGCGAAAGCACACCAAGUAGCCCAACUACAAAUAUUAAACCCUUCCAAAGUAGAAGAGGAAGACUGGGUGAGAGAUUUGAGAAAUGUUGAUAAAUUUGGAUAUGUCAUCUAUAAGAUGAACAGUGGGCAAAGUGACGAAGUGUGGAAGAAUUUCCUCAACAUAUUAAAUGAUGGAUUAGACAGUGGAUGGGAUGGGAUGGUUGGGGUAGAAGAUAUAAGGCAAAAAGCGACAUUGUAUUGGGUAAAUGCCGACGAUGCAGGCAUACCCGAGGGCGACAUUAUCGCUGCUAAAAAACAUUUCCAGACCAUGGUCGCUUCGCAAUUCAUUCCAGCCAAUUUAUCCACAACAACUUUCCUCACGGUCGACUCUGCGGCUAUUGCAUCAUUCGUGUCUGCAUCAGAGCAGGAUAAGAAUCACACCCGUGGCUUUGUCAAAGUUGUUUCCGCAGAUUUCGAUCCUGCUUCCAAUUCGAUCACAGGCUAUAAUGGCACUUUCAAAAUCAUAGAUCAAUUGGUGUGGACUGAAUUGUAUCCGUUAGGUGAGCAUUUAAAAUGUGCUACUUUAGAUGCCCACUGGGCGCUGGCUAGGAAUCAUACUGAAGAGUUGUAUGUUGGGGCAACAACAGCAGUUCAAAGGAGUAGGUGA